AUGCGUCACAUAGGUUUCUUGCUCGGCAUCCUCGAACUGCUGGCAAGCAGUUGCCAGGCUCGUUCUCACUCGCAGGUUCACGAUGACUUUGUCGAUCCUCCUUCUACCCAAAGGCCAAGGUUCAGGUACUGGCUUCCGGACGGAAGUAUUGAUGUCGAGGCAGUCAAGUCGGACAUCACAUCUGCGGGGAGCAUCGGAUCUGGAGGUGUCGAAUUCCUCCCUUUCUACAACUACGGUGGCUCACUUGGCCCACCGCCUGAAGGAGUCGACUGGUCUACAGCUGGCUUUGGGACCCCGGCACAUGUCAAAUUGUUUCUUGCCGCUCUGGAAGCCCACCAAGAAGCGGGCUUGAGAAUGGACUUCUCAUUUGGUCCCAACCAAGGACAGGGCGUACCCGCUCAUCCAAGCGAUGAGGGGCUUCAAUGGGAUCUGUUUGCUGAGACGAGGACCAUUGCGGGUGGAAACGACUUGAACGGGACCAUUCCAGGCUGGGGAACCGGCGAGCUUGUUGCUGCAGUUUCUGCUGUCGUCUUAGCUCGAACGAACGUGACUCAGAAUGUCACAUCAGCCAUUGGUAUGCAGCAAAUCUGGUGGGAAGAGCUGGUGCUCAAGAGCAACUCUCUCCGCGACAUCACUCCUUCGAUCUCCCCUACCGGAGAGAUGAAUGCUAGUUUUCUGAACGCCUCGUCUGGCGAGCCGGAUCAAGAAUUGUUCUUCUUCUAUCAAAAGCUUUCAGGCAACAAGAACCUUGAGUUUGAGUCUGAGUCGAACGAAACAGACACGAUAUGGGAUAACGGCUCUUAUGUCGUGGAUCACUUCAGCGCCGCGGGUGCCCUGACUGUUAGGGAUUUCUGGGAGCAGCACAUGUUCGUCGACAAUAUCAAAGAUCUGUUGAUGGAAGUAGGCCACUAUGGAUGGGAAGACAGCAUGGAGAUUCGUUCCAACAUAUCAUGGACUCGCACUCUGCCUGAGAGAUUCCUCAAGAAGUUUGGAUAUCGAAUGCAGCCCUAUCUGCCUCUCAUUAUGUUUGCCAACAACAACAUCAACCUCCAGAGUUCGGAGCCUGGUCAUACCCGAUGUUUCCUAGACACCGAAGAUAGAGGCCAAGGUUAUGUCAACGACUACCGAGCUGCACUUGCCGAAGGAUACCAAGAGUACCUGGCUACUCUGUCAGAAUGGCUUCAUACUCUCGGCCUCGAAUUGUCCGCACAGGUUUCGUACAACAUGCCCAUGGAUAUGGAAGCGUCGAUCCCCUUCGCCGACGCCCCCGAGUGCGAGAGCUUACAGUGGCGCGACAACGUCGAUGGAUACCGACAGUUCUCGGGACCGGCGAACUUGGCGAGGAGAAACGUCAUCUCAAACGAGCUCGGUGCCGUUUUUGGCCGCCCAUACAGUCUUGCCAUCCCGGAACUCCUCUUCAUGAUGAACCGAGCUGUGUCAGGUGGCGUCAACCAGUUUGUGAUACAUGGACAGGCCUACUCGGGCAACUACCCGCAGACAACUUGGCCCGGGUAUACUGCGUUUAGAUACUAUGUUUCUGACCUGUAUUCACCGAAGCGACCUGACUGGGACAAUGGGCUGAAGGCCGCCUUGAACUACAUGGCUCGGGUCCAGCAUAUCCAGCAGAAGGGGAUUCCGCGUACUGAUGUUGCUUUCUACAACAAGCAAAGUGUAUCGGAUCCAAAUGCAGCAACUAUAUACCACGAAGAAGAUUUGGUUUCCCAAGGAUGGUCGUACACGUACUUGUCUCCUGAUAAUUUCGCCCUGCCUCAAGCGCACGUUCGCGACGGACUGCUCGCUCCAGACGACGCACGAUUCAAAGCAAUGGUAGUACUUGGGUCUCAAAACCUUACUUACCCAUCUCUUUUGGAGAUCACCGAGUUUUCCAAAGCUGGGUUGCCAAUCAUCCUAGCUGGCGGCACCCCUGUUCAAUAUCUCUCUGGAAGCAAGACGGCCAACCAAACCAGCUCCUUCGAUGCGGCGAUGAAAAAAUUCAUUCUUCUAGAGAACGUUUAUCAAGUUGAUGAAGGGGAUAUUGCCGCCAAACUUGGCUCACUUGGUUUACAACCACGCGUGGGUGUUCGAACAAAUGGCACCUGGUACACCACCUGGAGAGAGGAGCCAACCAGGGGAGCAGCUUAUGCUUAUGUUUUUGGAGAUACCCGUCCGGCUUCUGGGGAGAUCAUCGUCCAGUCUCUUGGGGCCCCUCAUUUCCUAGAUCCUUGGACCGGUACUCAGGAGCCGGUUUUGCACUACAGAACUGAAGGGCUGUCGACGGUUAUCCCGCUAGGACUCACUGGCAACCAGACCAAGAUCAUCGGCUUUCUUGAUGAUGCGCUUGAAGAGGUUCAGACGCCAGGACUCUACGCUACAGAACUUUCAGCAGAUGUUUUGGGACAGAGGGCGGAGAAGGAUGCCAUCAUCUUCCAUGUCGCUGCCUCAGCGUCAUCGACAAUUGUUCUGUCGUCCGGCAGAAAGGUAUGCCAUCAAAGCGCGGCUCCUAAUGCGUUCAACCUGAACUCAUGGCAGCUUGUGCUCGAACACUGGGAGGCUCCAGAGGACAUGACAGAUGCUGCGACGGUCGCCAUUAAGCGCAACACAACCCAUGAGCUAGAAGACUUGAUCUCAUGGACAGAGAUCCCAGCCGCGACAAACACUUCUGGCAUUGGCUACUACUCUGCGAACUUCACCUGGCCACCUGCCUCAGCAGUCGCCAACAAUGCAACACUUGGCGCAUAUAUCCAGUUCUCGCCGGCUUUGAAUGCGAUUACACUGGAAGUCAACGAAGUGCGUCUGCAUCACUUGGAUCCGACCGAUCCUGUUGCUGAUAUUACGGAGCAACUGGUCAAUGGACAAAACCACGUGGUUGCGAUAGUUCCUAGCACGAUGUGGAACUACGUGCGCAGCAUUCUCCCCGAUAUCGACAACGGAGGUCUGAGCCCGAUUGGUGAUACACUUGGUGUUGAGAUUCCAAAGACUGAGAACGGACUGGUGGGCGCCGUGAGCAUCAUACCAUUUGAGGCGCUGCGGAUCACCAUCUGA